AUGGGGGGUUUGGGCGAGGAUGCCUUCUUCCCGUUAUUGCACUCAUCAUCUUCUGCCAUCUCAUCUCUUACCGCUGUCACCUCCACGAAGGAAUAUCCUUUUACGGAGAUUUCGACCGAUCCCUUCAGAAUAAAGGAAGGAAAGCGCGAUUUACAAUUGGCAACGCGCGCUCUGAUAUCAAUAUCAUCGUGCACGAAUCAAUUAAUUUAUUGUCGACGGAAGAAGAGAAGGGAAACAAUAGCUGGUAUAUUAGAGAGGGAUCACGAUUUACCGAAGCAAUACGUGCUGGAGGUAGAAGAAAGAGCAAAAUCAUCCUCCUUGAAAGUAAAAUUAGUAGACACAAGUAGCAUCCGUUUACAGAAACGUCAUCAUUGUCAUCAUUACCAUAGACGAAUUGAGAAAAUUAAAGAGCACGAUGAGGUGGAAGAGACACCACCGAUCUCUACGUACAGCAGUAAAUUCUGGUCACAGUCGGGAUACUUUGCUCAGAAGCUUUUCAACUAUAGUGGACCACUACUGCAUGGAUCAUUUUCAACUUUAGUAUUCUUAAUAUUGCUUUCUUGGAGUUUAACGCUUUGCCCAUCAGUCCUGGCACGACAAAGUCUGCAUCAGACAUGCCCAGGCUGUCCACAUCAACAGCAUACUCACUUACAUCGUAGCACUAAAGAUUCUGAGCCAAAUCCCGACGAUUUAAGAUUAGAGGCGAUUAAGCACCAAAUACUAUCGAAGCUCGGCUUAAGAAGCCGUCCCGAUGUCAAUAGGACUUUGGCUUCGGUACCGAAACGUCUCGCACUUGAGACAAUUUAUAGAGCUGAAGCUCAGCAGGCUGCCAGGCCUUCUAUGUCUGAAAAAAUAAUGAAACACCAUACUAAUAAUUACAAUAGAAAUCAUCCAGACACUUAUGAAGAAUAUGGUGGCGGCGAUGAGUAUUCUUAUAAAAACUUAGAACAGACAGGUGGCGAAGUAGACGGAACUGAGACUACCCACAAAAUACCUAAUUACCAAGAUUAUGAUGAUCUUUACGGGUCACCGCACGAGCCGGAAGUAAUGGAUGAUUUCUAUGCUAGAACUUCAGAGAUUAUCACUUUUGCAGAACCAGGACGAACAUUAAAUCGCCAACCAUUGCUGGAUUUUCCACUGUCAAGUAGUGAGCCAGCACUUGAGCCGCUAAGUAUCAAAAAAGCCACAUUAUGGGCCCGAGUUGAAGUGAGACACGCGCAUCAUUCUCAACAUCAUCGGCAAAAUGCAAAUAAUCAUAAUCAACGAACGAUUAAGCUUUGGGUGUUCAGAGUGCGAUGUGGAAAUGCAACACAUUUACGUGGCAAGGAACUCGGUCAACAUCUAGAUAUGAUAACAUCCCUCGUUGUGAAUAUUGGUCAGUUAGGUUGGCAAAAGUUCGAUGUGACGAGAAUUGUUGCUGACUGGUACCAAACAUUUAAUAAUAAAGACAAACUCACUCUUCUCAUCGACUGUACGGGAUGUGGCUCACACGUGCAUGUCUCUACGUUCGGCAAUCAGUCGCCUCAUAUCGUUGAGCCCAAUUUGAAUAUCAAAAAUACGCAUGAUUCAGAUCGUCCGUUUUUAGUUAUAAGAACAGACCCCAGAGCUGUGAAGAGAGUGAGAAGACGAGCGAUCGAGUGCACAGGUGCAGUCAAAGGCCAAUGUUGUAAGCAAAGGUUCUAUGUAAGCUUUUCGCAACUGGGUUGGGACGACUGGAUAAUCGCCCCACAAGGAUAUUACGCGAAUUACUGCAGAGGUGAUUGUGCGGCAGGACACAGAACACCUGACACUUUUCCGAAUUACUACACUCACGUUAUCGAAGAAUAUCGAAAGAUGGAUAGACUCGCCGGAAUGCAGCCCUGCUGUGCGCCUCUGAAGUUCUCUCCAAUGUCGCUCAUCUAUUAUGGUCCAGAUUCGAACAUAAUUAAGCGGGAUUUGCCGAAAAUGGUCGUUGAUGAAUGUGGGUGCCCUUAGGUAAAAUUAAUCAGAUAGAGGAGUAACAGAUUUAUUAACGACGCAACAACUGUCAUUUCGGUACAUAGUGGAUAAAUAAAUUAGAAUGUAAACUAGAUAUAAGUAGAAUUAAAUGAGCAAAAAAUACAUACAGAAGAAACGGAAGAGAACGAUGAUGAGAAUUAUUUAAAACUUGUAUGCCUGUAUGUAGGUAUGUCUGU